GUGUCUGAGAGUGACAGCGCAGUCCAGUGGGAACUCGACCCGAUUCCAGCGGCCUCUCCCCCCCGCUCUAAACCGCCCGCCAACCGCUAAUCGUCCAGCGUGUCCCCCGUCCAUCCACCAUCCCUCAUCCCUCCAAACGCUAUCCACCCCCCCAAAUCGUCCAUCAGUUUUCACCCACCGAUUCUUCCUCCUCCUCUUCCUGCAACUCCCUCGUCCAACUCCGAACAUCUCAUCCCAUCCUACGCCGUCGAUCGAUCAACCGCCAACGCCUUGUUGCGAGUUUCCGCCCGCCCUUCCCCUCGCCAUCUCCCGUUACAUCCCCGCUCCCCUCUACGCUUCAACCCCGCCUUCACCAUGGCCGAGUUCGUCCGCGCCCAGAUCUUUGGCACCACAUUCGAGAUCACCUCGAGGUACUCGGAUCUCCAGCCCGUUGGCAUGGGAGCUUUCGGUCUCGUUUGUUCCGCCCGAGAUCAACUCACCAACCAAAAUGUCGCCGUCAAGAAGAUCAUGAAGCCCUUCAGCACCCCUGUGCUCGCCAAGCGUACAUAUCGUGAGCUCAAGCUGCUCAAGCACCUUAAGCAUGAGAACGUCAUCUCCCUCAGCGACAUCUUCAUCUCCCCUCUCGAGGACAUCUACUUCGUGACGGAGCUUCUUGGCACUGAUCUCCACCGAUUACUGACCUCGCGACCUCUUGAGAAGCAGUUCAUCCAGUACUUCCUCUAUCAGAUCAUGCGGGGUCUCAAGUACGUGCACUCGGCCGGCGUCGUCCACCGCGACCUCAAGCCCAGCAACAUCCUCGUCAACGAGAACUGCGAUCUCAAGAUUUGCGACUUCGGUCUCGCUCGAAUCCAGGACCCUCAAAUGACUGGCUACGUCUCAACCCGAUACUACCGAGCCCCGGAGAUCAUGCUCACCUGGCAAAAAUACGACGUGGAAGUCGAUAUCUGGAGCGCUGGUUGCAUCUUCGCCGAGAUGCUCGAGGGCAAGCCUCUCUUCCCCGGAAAGGACCAUGUGAACCAGUUUUCCAUCAUCACCGAGCUGCUGGGCACACCUCCGGAUGAUGUCAUCGACACCAUUGCGAGCGAGAAUACGCUGCGAUUCGUCAAGUCGCUGCCCAAGCGAGAGCGACAACCCCUCAAGAACAAGUUCAGGAAUGCCGAUGAGUCGGCCAUUGAUCUCCUCGAGGCCAUGCUUGUUUUCGAUCCCAAGAAGCGAAUAACCGCUACCGAGGCCUUGGCUCACGGCUACCUUGCCCCCUACCACGAUCCCACGGAUGAGCCCGUCGCCGAUGAGAAGUUCGAUUGGAGCUUCAACGAUGCCGAUCUCCCUGUCGAUACCUGGAAAAUCAUGAUGUACUCUGAGAUCCUUGAUUACCACAACGUCGAGUCUGGUUUGCCUAGCAUGGAGCAACAGCAGCAGCAACUUCUGCAGCAGCAACAGCAGCAGCAGCAGUUCAAUGGACAAUAGACAAGGGUGGCUACCAUUUACCAGGAUAGGGUGAACUAGGGCGCAAGAGAAGGAGGCGCAAAUGAUACCACGAAAUCACUCACAUACACGCUCACCCAUACCCAUGCGUGCCAACGAGAGAUGCGGAGCACACGCACAACCUCAAAGGCAUGGAUUUAACAAACGAACCACA